AUGGGAAAUUCGGCCGAUAAACCCGUCCCUGUCUCCUUACAUGAGGGAUCGCCUUUGAUGACUGCUACUCGCCCCGGGGAUGAGCGUGUAUCACGACGCAUUGUCGUCGAAGAGCCGUCGAAGAAUGUCUGGUAUUUGCUUUUAUUGACUCUUUCUAUUGGUGGGCUCCAGAUUGUAUGGUCUGUUGAACUUUCAAAUGGAUCGCCUUUUCUCUUAUCGCUUGGGAUGAGCAAGUCGCUUCUUGCCUUUGUCUGGAUAGCCGGCCCUUUGACUGGUGGUCUGGUACAGCCAUAUAUUGGCAUUAGAAGCGACAACUCUCGAAUGGCAUGGGGAAAGCGGAAGCCAUUCAUGGUUGCUGGCAGCGCAGCUACGAUCGUUGCAUUGCUAGCUCUGGCAUGGGUCAGGGAGAUCGUUGGUGGUUUCCUGUCGAUAUUCGGCGUCGAUGCAGCCUCAACAGGCGCAAAAGUUUCUAUCAUAAUCAUGGCUACGAUUCUCAUGUAUUGCCUUGAUUUUGCUAUUAAUACUGGUAUGUCCCUCUUCAUGAUCGCCUCAGUCUACUUGGCUCAUAGCGUUCCCACAGUGCAAGCUGCUAUCAGGGCUUUUAUUGUCGAUAAUUGUCCAGCUCAUCAACAAGAACUGGCCAACGCGUGGGCUAGUCGAAUGACAGGUAUUGGCAACAUCCUGGGUUAUAUCUUUGGUUAUAUGGACCUCCCAAGGUUUGUUCCUUUCCUAGGUAAUACCCAAUUCAAGGUCCUUUGUGUCCUUGCCUCGAUAUCUCUAGGUGUUACCAUUGGGAUCAGUUGCACGUACAUCAAAGAGCGGGACCCCCGGUCAGAUCCGCCUGUGGCGGACCAGCUGGGUGUUAUCGCCCGAGUCUGUCAAGUCCAGUUCGCCGCAUGGGUGGGCUGGUUCCCAUUCCUGUUCUACUCUACGACCUACGUCGGACAGCUGUAUGUUAAUCCGAUUUUUGCCAAAAAUCCAAAUCUCUCCAAAGAGGAGAUCGACAAGGCUUGGGAAGAUGCCACUCGAGCGGCAACACUUGCGCUGCUGAUUUAUGCGAUUAUCUCUUUCCUUGCAAAUACCCUGCUGCCUCUGUUCGUGGUCCCUACGUACGGUUCUACUCCAGCGACUGUCUCACAUCGAAAUUCCAUCGAUCGUGUUCUUGAUGAGGACAUGGCUGAACGGAGAUUAUCAUUUUCAAGCAUGCCGACAGGUAAUGCGUCCGAGCCACUUCUCGACCCAUCCCAGGUCACACAGGAGAUAGAGGGCAAGCCGACAUGGCUAUCACGUCUACAGAUUCCAGGAUUGACACUUCGCCAAGUCUGGUUUCUUUCCCACCUGCUCUUCGCAGCCUGCAUGUUCAGCACCAUCUUCAUCUACUCCCACCAAGCCGGGACUGCUUUCGUCGGACUGGUCGGUAUUUCCUGGGCCGUUGUCUUGUGGGCGCCCUUCGCUCUCAUCUCAGCUGAGGUGGCUAGGUUAGAUCCAUCCAGGCACCAUCACCAUGCUAGUCGGACUGAGCCUGAGCGCGCAGCUACCGAAGAUCAGGAGGAUUAUAGUACCAUGGGUAGCGUUAGCGGCAGUGAUGUUGAGAAUGGCCAUCCCAAGGAUUAUAAUGAGGGCGGAGAUGUUACGCAAGCAGGCAUCAUCCUCGGUUUGCACAAUAUGGCUCUUUCCUUGCCACAAAUUCUAUCCAGCCUUGUCUGCAGUGCUAUCUUUAAGGCUUCUCAGAAGCCAAGGGGGGAACCUUGGGAUGACAGCGUUGGGUGGGUGUUACGAUUUGGUGGGUGCGCUGCUUUGGUGGCUGCAUGGUUGACUAGAAGGGUUUCGGAUGGAUCGAGGUAA